AUGGUCACGGUGGACGUCACCGUGACGGGCUUGCCACGCGUCGCCCGGAACCGUUCAAACAACCGCUUCAUCUCGUCCGGGCCGCGCGUCGCGGAAGGCACUGCAAUCGUGCUGUGCCCAUCGUUCCAGCCUCCUCCUCCAUCGUCGUCGCUUCUUCGCCAGCUUCUGCCAUCUCGACUCCAAACGCCAAGUGUGGCGUGUUCUCCAUCUGAAGUGGGGGAUGGUGUGACGGGCCGCUGUCAAACAACAGCUACCGUGUCCACCACGGUAGCCAAUCAACACGUAGAACAGAGUAAAUGGCUGGCGCGGUCUCUUGUGUCGAGACCGCGUCGCUAA